AUGACAAAAGAGAGAACAUCAGAUACCGCAGAUCAAGCCAAAGCUACGAUGCGUGGGGUUGCUCCUCACCGCCUGCACUCAUGUGGUGGGGGCGUUGUGCCACUUAACGCGUUAUUUUUCUCAACACGCGUUUCCAACCUUGUCCUACAACUACUUUGCAACUUGAUCUGGACUUGCUCUGUCAAGUUUGGUCUUCUUUGCUUUCUACCUCUACCUCUACUUCUUCUUCCUCUUUUUAUUUCCCCGAUCUAUCCCUUCAUUCUAUCAUUUUCAGUUUCUUCCCAAUACUUCUUUCUCGACUGUGUCAAUUAUUGA